AUGACAGCGAUGACAGACGACGAAGACUCCACAGCUUGGACUGUAGACGACGAUGACGACUGUGCAAGGAGGACGACUUCUCUGGGCAGAGGGAGAAAAAUAGAACAAGGAGAAGGAGUAGAAGAGAAAAUUGCAGAGAGAAAGGAGAAGAAGCAGGUGACAGGAGGAAGGAGAAGAAGAAGAUGA